AUGACAACUUCUAAUGGUGCUCAAUUAUUAGCCCGCGCUCUCAAAGACCUGGGAGUAGAGGUUAUAUUUGGUCUGGUUGGUAUACCGGUGGUACAAAUCGCGGAGGAAGCAAUUGAUGUAGGGAUACGAUUCAUUGCAUUUCGAAAUGAACAAGCUGCAAGCUAUGCUGCCACAGCAUAUGGAUACUUAACAGGACGGCCUGGAGUUUGCCUCGUUGUCGGUGGUCCAGGUGUGGUUCAUGCAAUGGCAGGCAUAGUCAACUCAUCUGCCAAUGCCUUUCCAAUGCUUUUACUUGCAGGCUCGAGCGAAACUCACUUGAUCACAAAAGGUGCUUUUCAAGAGCUUGAUGCUAUCUCUCUUUUGAGUCCGCAUACGAAAAUCGCAAUCCGAUCAGACCUCGAUUCAAUAUCACGCUCAAUCACGGCAGCUUAUAGAACGUCAUGGUAUGGCAGGCCUGGAGCAGGUUUCGUUGACUUGCCUGCAGAUAUCAUACAAGGAGAAGGAGAACACACAUCAACACAGAUAGUGCCUGCUGCGCCACGAGCCGCAGGGGAUGCGGAAAGUAUCAAGAAGGUUGCACGAUUACUGAAGUCUGCAAAAGCACCUCUUGUUAUUGUUGGAAAAGGUGCCGCAUACGCGCAAGCCGAAUCUGUUGUUCGGCAAUUGAUCGACCAGACCAAUAUUCCUUUUCUACCAACUCCUAUGGGAAAGGGAGUCUUGCCUGACUCUCAUCCAUCCAACACAGCAACAGCUAGAUCUGCAGCACUCAAAGGUGCCGAUGUCGUCCUCGUUCUUGGUGCGCGACUCAACUGGAUACUUCAUUAUGGCGAAGCACCGAAAUACAAUCCGAAUGUUAAGAUAAUUCAGGUUGAUAUAUCUGCCGAAGAAAUUGGAAAGAACAACGGUGACGCUGAAUUUGGAAUAAUUGGUGAUAUUAAUGUGGUCGUCAAACAACUAAGUGAUUCUCUACAGGGCUGGAAAUAUGAUACAUCUUCAGUAUACAUAAAGGAACUGAAAGCAAGUAGAAGCAAAAAUGAAGCUACCGCUGCUAAAACUGCGAAAGUUGACAAAUUACCGAUGACAUACGGUCGAGCUUUUGAUGUCAUCAAGGAAACCAUUCAUAGAUUAUCACCACCGGAAAACGGUAGCGUAGUUUAUGUAUCUGAAGGCGCAAACACCAUGGAUAUCUCACGUAGUGCAUUUCCUGUAGAGCAUCCGCGAUUGCGUCUUGACGCUGGAACUCAUGCCACAAUGGGCGUCGGCCUAGGAUAUGCCAUUGCAGCUCAUUGUGCGUAUAAUCUACCCUCAAGAGAAGCGCGAAGCGGACCAAACUCUUCCCACAAGAAGAUUAUCUGUUUAGAAGGCGAUUCUGCUUUCGGGUUCUCACUGGCAGAGGUUGAAACAAUGGCGCGGUACAGUAUGGAUAUUCUUAUCUUUGUUAUGAAUAAUGGUGGGGUGUAUCAAGGUGAUAGCGAAAGCUCAGAUGAGUGGUUGAAACUGCAAAAGAACAGUGAAAUGGGUUCCAAGGGAGGCUUACGUAGUACAAGUUUAGGGUGGGAAGUUGAUUACCAAAAAGUUGCAGAAAUGUGUGGCGGAAAAGGAUUUCUAGUCCGUAGUCCUGAAGAGCUUGCAAAAGCUACUGAAGAGGGCUUCAAAGCAAGUGUCCCGGUGGUCAUCAAUGUUAUCAUAGAAGCUGGGGCACAGAAGACUUUGGAGUUUGCAUGGCAGCAAGAUUCGAAGAAGAAGAAUUCAAACAAAGCAAAGUUGUGA